ACCAGAGCCCGCAGUCUCUUUGGAAACUUCUGCCGGGGGGUUAAAAGAGCUAGCAAAGAGCUGCAAAGCUGUUUGAGCUUUUUCUCUUUUUUUGUUCCUUUUCGUUAUCCCCUCCUCGGUCUGCACCCUUCUCCGGACUUCACGCAGAACCUGCGUGUUUCGAAGAGGUGGUGGCAGAGUAGGAGACAAGAGGUGUUAGGGUCCAGGCUUGGUGAGGUUUAGGUUUUUGCCGAUUUUUUUUCUCUUGAUUUCAACACCCCCCCCCCAUCUUCUUGGCAGCCGCCGACGCUUCUUACCUGUUCUGAGGCAGCGGCGAAGCUCACAGCAGAGGCUUGGAAAGGAGUGGGGGUGCGUUUUAGAUUUUAAGCAACAAGAAAAAAAAAUAAGCCAAGUCCAGUUUUUUCUUCAUCACCCCAUUUCCACAGCCUCCAAGCUCAUUAUUUCUGUUGCUUUGGGGUGAGCAAUUCUGUGGUUCCCCCCACCCCUGCAAUUCUGACCCGACCCCGCCUCGGGGUUUCUUCGGCCUCCGCUCACUCUGCGUGCACCUGGCGCGCCUCUUUUUUUCACCCCCAACCUGUUGCAAGUCUUUAAUCCUUGCAACUGGAACUUGCGUGCAGGCACCUGAAUCCUCCUUGCCUCAUAUUUUGCAAGUGUUUGUUUGGGUGAGGGCACCUGCUCUACCUGCAAGAGAUUAAAAAAAAAAAUCUCCAGGCGCCCUCUUGGCCCCUUUCUCUACGCACUCUCGCUCUCCUGCCCCGCCCCGAGGUAAGCGAGACUCGGAGAAAAUGGUGCUCAGCGCGGUCCUCCUGCUGCUGGCCGCCUAUGCCGGGCUGGCUCAAGGCCUGGGCUCUUUCGUGCAUUGUGAGCCCUGCGAUGAGAAAGCGCUGUCUAUGUGUCCCCCCAGCCCUCUGGGCUGCGAGCUGGUCAAGGAACCUGGCUGCGGCUGCUGCAUGACUUGCGCCCUGGCUGAGGGGCAGUCGUGUGGCGUCUACACUGAGCGCUGCGCCCAAGGUUUGCGCUGCCUCCCCCGGCAGGAUGAGGAGAAGCCGCUGCAUGCCCUGCUGCACGGCCGCGGGGUUUGCCUCAACGAAAAGAGCUAUGGCGAGCAAACCAAGAUAGAGAGAGACUCUCGCGAGCAUGAGGAACCUACCACAUCCGAGAUGGCUGAAGAGACCUACUCCCCCAAGGUCUUCCGGCCCAAGCACGCUCGCAUUUCCGAGCUGAAGGCUGAGGCCGUGAAGAAAAACCAGAGGAAGAAGCUGACCCAGUCUAAGUUUGUGGGGGGCGCAGAGAACACUGCCCACCCCAGAGUCAUCCCUGCGCCUGAGAUGAGACACGAGUCUGAGCAAGGCCCCUGCCGCAGACACAUGGAAGCGUCUCUGCAGGAACUCAAAGCCAGCCCACGCAUGGUGCCCCGCGCUGUGUACCUGCCCAAUUGUGACCGCAAAGGAUUCUACAAGAGAAAGCAGUGCAAGCCUUCCCGUGGCCGCAAACGUGGCAUCUGCUGGUGUGUGGACAAGUACGGGAUGAAGCUGCCGGGCAUGGAGUACGUCGAUGGGGACUUUCAGUGCCACACCUUCGACAGCAGCAACGUUGAGUGAUGCGUCCCCUCCCAUCCUCCCCCUUUCCUACCCCCCCGGCCCCAACUCCAGCCAGCGCCUCCCUCCACCCUAGAACACCACUCAUUUCAUCUCAUUUAGGGGAAAUAUAUAUACAUAUAUAUUUGAGGAAACGGAGGACCUCGGAAUCUCUAGCAAGGGCUAAGGAGACACUCCCCACCCCAACCCCGAAAACGUAUUUCUUUUUGAUGCAAGUUGAAUGGACAGAGAAGGGACGACGAGGAAGAGCAAGAGGGACCGAAUCGAGAGAUGGAGAGAAAGCAUCGGUGUAGACACGGGGGGAGUGACAGAUAGGGUUACAGAGAGACAGAGAGAAACAGCGAGACAGAAAGGACACCACAACCAGGGCUACAUCUGUCCUUCACUUCCAGGCCUGGUCAGAGGUCGGAGAGGGGUUGGGGCACUCAGAAGUGUGGCAUUCAGUGACACCCAGCUUAGACUGGUCAGGGGAAGGAAGGAAGCAACAGCAUGUGUCGGUGCCUCUCUCAGGUCUGCCGAUUCCUCCAGACCGCUGUGUGGAUGGCAAGGCCCCUGUCCCCCGCCCUCCUCUAACCAGUGCAGGGUGGUCCCACCCCCAAAUCUACAAACACUAAAAAGCAUUCCAUCCCUCUGAGGACAAAGGAAAUUGAGUGAUUGCCAAUAGGCUUUUCCCCAAGUGGAUGAGUGAACUCAACAUCUGUACAGAUUAUACUCUUGAUGGAGAUUUUUUUUCUAGAAGUCAGUGCCUGCCCCAACACUGGAAAGACUUGACUUUCCAGGGUGACAGCAAGCUUGUGGCUUUAGCCCUUGAUUUCACUAGACUCAAAGCUGGCCCAACAGCCUCUGUGGAGGAGGAGGACAGGCGGAGAGAGCAACGGGGUGUGUACUUAUUACAAGGCUCCAUGUAGACAUAUAUAGGCGUAUGAAUCUAUUUUCUUUAUUUUCCCCCUCUUCUUUUCCUUCAAAGUGUUGCAUUACCUCUUCAAAGUAGUUCCCUUUGGGCCCUGAAGAGCUUCCUCAUUCUGGGAAAAUUCGUAUUCAACUAAUACAACCCAGAACACUAAGUUUGCCUGCUUCUGGACAGCCUUCCCCAUGAGCUACACAUUUGGCUCUUUUGUAGGACACAGUGGCAGAUCUUCUCAUGAUUCCCAACCUGUGUUUAAAUGUGUCCACAAGUCAGGAUGCAGCCAUGUGUCACCUGUGCAGCGUGGGCCACCCCAUGUCACCCUUCCAACCCUCAGGAAGUAACUGUCUUACACCAUGAUACGUAAGCCCACCAGGUGCAUCUUUAACCCACUGGCCUGCCCAGGCCUUUCCUUAUGUCUCUUCAGAAUUGUAUUUUGAAAGCAUCCCACAGAUGCCAGACUGACAGAUCAGAGAGAAAGUGACAUGAGAGAUGGCAGAGGACGGGGUAGUGUGGCGGGGGGGGCGAGGCUUCCACGGAGAGAACUAGAAGAUGGAGCAGGGACUAGGGGCUGGGGGCCAGGAGAGUGACAGAAAGAUGGAAAUACCAACAGAAUUUCUCUUGGCUUCUCCCUUCUGGGAUUUAAGAGGAGAGGGAAGGGGUGGUCUGGGUUAGAAACAAGCUCAGAUCACAGAGCCCACAGGGUGGGGAGUUGAGGCAGGAUCUAGACCUGAGAAGGGUGGCUGGAAACCAGGAUCCAUAGCCUGACUGAGUAUGGAAGGGACAAGAAGAUGCGCCUCAGACACCACAACUUCAGAUCAACUUCAGCCCACAAGAAAGGACUGAGGCCAAAGAAUAUCCCAAGCGCACCAUCCACUCUGCCCAGGCACGCAUCCUCUCGGACGUGGAGGAUGACAUAAAGCCCACGACAACUCAAGCAUAGGUCUUCACGGCUGUUGUCAUUUGCCAGCCAGAUUUCUAUCCAAGAAAAAAUGUUAUUGUCCACUGACUUAGGACUGUCCUCGAAGACUGAAGACAGCCCAGGGAGGGCAACAAGGACGCUAGUACAGGAGGCCCCUUUUGUGCUGUGGGCACAGCUCUUUGCUCUUUCUUGAUGGCAUGGCACAGUAGAGGCCCCCUCCAAUGCUGAACCUGGAACAACAAAAAGGGACAGCAAAGAAAUAAACUUACGUCAACUCGUGGGAAAUAGGUGGCUAUGGAGCUUAGGGGAUGUCUCCUAUUGCCUGGACAAGACAGUUGGCUGGAAAUGGAAGAGGUAGUUGGUCUUCACAAGACAAAGGGCCUGAUGGGGAUGGCAACUAAGGACUCGCCAGACCUGCGGGGUGAGUGCACCCAUCUCCCUGCCAAUGUCCCCAGCCCCCAACUCGUGCACUUCAGUAGGCCAGUAUCCUAACCCUUCUCCAUGGCGUUCUCCUUUCUGCCAUUAUUUCUCUGGAUUUCGAGCAGUCAUGUGACUGGGAUUUGCCAAGUGGAUACUGGGGUACCACUGCCCCUAAGAAAAGACUGAGCCAGGAACUGCCUACUCACUGACCCCUCCCAGGCCUGGACCUGACUCCUGGGGGGGGUGCUCUCUUCACCCCACUACUUGCUGGACCUUGAAUGAGCCCCUGCCCCUCACCUGGGCCCUUUGUUGUGAGCCAUGGAUGGAGGACAUUGUACAGACACUUUGGCCUUCCCCAGUUCAGCCUACACCCCCAAACUUGUGAGUCUCUCCAGUGCUUUUGGGGAGAGGCAUGUCUAGGCAGCUACUCUCUCCCUAGAGGAAGCUUGCCUUUAACAGACAGAUGGCACUAAACCUUCCGAAUGGGAGGUCUGGCUGGACCCAAGAUAGAGAGACCAUGGAAAUAGGGUCACUGAGAGAUAGCUUCUCCAUGUCACAGGGGUCCCACCAUGCCCUGAGUAAGAGUCUCUUUGGCUCCGUUAGAGACCUCUACUUUGGGACUGUCCACAGCCAUCGGCCUAAGUGUUGUGUGUCCCCAUCAGCCCUCUUCCUUGGAAGGCUUCUUCCCGCCUCUUUGACAAAUGCCUCACUCAAGCAGCAGAAAAAAAUGAGCUCUCUUCCCCCACUACUGCCAGGUUAGCUGAAAGAGGCCUAGCCAGGACAAUCUUGACCAUUCAGAACAAAGCAGGGAACCUAGGGAAGAGAAGACUGUAUGUUUCUCUGACGGCCAGGCCUAGACAGACAAGGCUUGGGAACAUGCGCCCCACAGGAGGCUGAGAAGACCUUCUGUGGUCACUCCUCUUCCCCCUCCAAGACCCUCUUCCUACCACGAUCUGUCUUCAUAGUGACUUCCUCACUACCAACCUCCUUAGAAGAGCAGGUUGCCAUGGCAACCUCCAAACCACCCCCCCCUCCGGCCCCUUCCAGGCAGUGCAGCAGUCCCUUAGCUCACUUAGGCUCCUGGAGGGCAACUUGAGAGGGCAGUGAGCCAAGGAGAGGAGAUCCUCUAGCCUUCCGGCUUUCAAGAGAAAGGAGGCUACCAUUUGAAAGAUGGCAGGAAAAGGGAACUAGGUUUUCAUCGACCAGGAGCCUGGGGGUUGGACUGUCUUUAUUUUGAAACCACUAAAGAGCAAGGAUUCUUGCCCCAUUGUUACUCCACCUUCUUUUGGGUUCUUGCUUCUUCCUUUAAACAUGUUUUCCUUGGUUUUCAAGUGGAGUAUAGACUUUAGCCAUUUCACAGACUCUGGCCUCCUCUGUUACAUCUUUCUGAAUGGGGAGAGAAAGGUGGAGGGUCAGAGGGGGAGGGGGUCCCUAGCCACCCUGCCUCCAUUCACCCCAGUUCUCUGGUCCCUAGUCAACAGCCUCCUCCCCAUCUCCAACACCAUCACUGUCACACAGUAGCCUGUCACCGGAUAGCACAGUUCAGACAAGACUCCUUCAGAUUCCGAGACGUCUACCGGUUGUUUUUGGGUUUUUUGUUUUGUUUUGUUUUCAGUUGGUUUUUUUUUUUUUUACAGCAGCAAUAACCACAGCACAUAUUACUGUAGGUCUUUGUAGCGUUCCAUUCAGACACCAUAGGUUGAUUUCUCUUCUUCUUCUUCUUCUUUUUUUUUUUUUUUUGUUUUCAACUUUUAAAGAAAAAUGCUUAUACUUUGUACUGGUGAAAUGGAUGAAAAAAUAAAAAUAAAACAGCAAACCAGUUUGCAAAAAACAAAAUGCGGGAAAAGAAGUCACCCCAGUGUGGGAGAGCUCGGCUCCUGUUUAGCAUAUUGUACUUAAGGAAAUAAAAAGAAAGAAAAACCCA